GCGCGUAUCAUAAGACCGUAAGAUCGGCGCGCCGGCGCAAGCGCCUCUUUCAUACGUAGUAUCAAUAUUACUUGAUACGGAACUAGCGAUAAUGUGUAAGAACAAGUUUUCUCAGUGGCAGUGCAACGACAGCCACAUAACAGUAGUGUAUGUAUGAAUGAACAAUCUGCUCCGCAAUUCAAACUGAAGUCUCGCAGCUAACUACACGUACAGUGACAUGCUAGCCGUUAAACCGGAGAUCUCGCGUUGACAAUGAAGAAGUGGAUGUUAGCAGACGCAUGAAUGGUAGCAGUCAGAGAGCUCCGCCUUGGCCAGUAACCCAGUUAAAAAACGAAAUCAUGUUCGUCUUACCGAAGCAAUUGAGUGCAGGUGAUGAGAUCACUGUUGCUGGUAAUAUGAUUGAUAACCCACAAGUAUUGACAGUAAGUUUACUAACAGGCAGUAUGUCACCUGACUAUCAAAAUAUUGCAUGCCAACUAGAAGCAUCAUUUCCGGCUAAUCCAACAAAUCCAAACCGCUUGUUAUUGAAAGUUAUUCAAAAUGGAAAUGAUGAAGCAGUUCUUGGAGACUAUCAAUCCUUUCUUGCUACAGAAUUAUUCACAGAUUUGAGCUUCAAAUUUGGUUUCUCUAUAAGAGUAAGUAGAAGUUAUCAAAGUGAACACAUAAUAGAUAUUUAUGUUGGCGAAUCAUUUUUGGAACAAAUUACAUUAAAACAUAAUAUAGAUGAUAUAAGAUUCCUAUCAUUGAGUGGUGAUGUUGCUAAAGUUGAAGUGUUAGAAUUUAAGUUUGCAUGAAAACUGGUCUACACGGUGAAUAUAUUCUACUUCAUGAGUAAGUACUCAAAGUACACAAUAUUUUAAACUUAUGAUAAUUAAUAAUGUAUAAGUUAUAGAAUGUAUUUAUAUGCCUUCCACAAAGAUGGAAACUCAGAUGAGUUGUGUUGAUGCAAAACAAAUUGUAGUCACCAAU